UUGAAUUUGUUUAUAAACAAAGUUCGAAUUAAUAAUAUUUUCAAUGAAUAAAUUCUUGGAAUUGUCUCUUUCAUUUAAAAAAUAUGACUAUCUCUGGAAAAUUUCAUGAUAUUAUAAACUUUCUUUUCAAUUUUUAGUUUAAUUCAACGUUGUGUAUGAAACUAUGAGUCGAAUAAAAGAACUUCCAAAGUCAUCGUCGCAUUUGCUGUCAUGUACUCAAGUGAUAACUUCUGUUCAAAGUGUUGUCAAGGAAUUACUUGAAAAUGCUCUUGAUAGUCAUGCAACAAGUGUUGAAAUUAAAUUAGAAAACUUUGGUUUGGAGAAAAUAGAAAUAAAAGACAAUGGUGGUGGAAUUCUUAAAGAUGACAUCCAAUUUGUCGCAAAACCUCAUUGCACUUCUAAAAUAACAUCACAUUUAGAUUUGACUAAAAUAAACACUUAUGGAUUUAGAGGAGAAGCUUUAGCUGCUAUAUGUGCAGUUGCUGAUUUGGAAAUAACUACAAAAACAGCAAAUGAAGAAUUUGGUUAUACUUACACAUUUGAUCAUAAUGGAAAUAUCUUGUCUUCAAAGCCAUGUCCUUGUAAUCAAGGAACAAUUGUACUUGUUAAAAACUUGUUCAACAACAUGCCUGUAAGAAAACAGUUAUACCGUGCAGAAAAGAAAAAGAAAGAAGAAAUAAAAAUGGUUGAGGAUAUUUUAAUUGCAUUUGGUUGCAUCUUAACUAGAAUUAGAUUCGUCUUUUACCAUAAUCGAAAUCUUAUCUGGCAGAAAUCAAUUGUUGACAAAGCAAUUGAUGGAUUACGUCUAACUCUUGGAAAUGUUGUUGAUUAUAUGGAAAAUUGCGAAUAUGUGGAUGAGGAAACUCAAAUAAAAAUUGAAGUAUUUUUACCAAAGUGUAAUGCUUCCCCAGUCUGUGGCCAAACUUCAUCAAGUCGUAGUAUUGUAGCUGUCAAUAAACGACCGGUCCGAAUAAAAUGUAUUGAUAAAUUAUUAAAGGAAUAUUAUUGUAAAAGUAUGGGGGAUGGCCAAAAGUCCCGUUAUCCAGUUUGUUUCAUAUCCAUUGAAGUGCCAACAGCUGAAGUUGAUGUCAAUUUAGAACCAAAUAAAACUACUGUUCUAUUGCAUAAUAUGGAUAUUAUAAGUGAGCAACUUCACAAACUUCUAAGUUCUUUCUAUGACACUAGUGCAAAUAUUGAAGCUAAUGAUCAAUCCAAAAAUAUCUCAAAUGUCACUUCCCCCAUUCAUACUGAUGAUAAGAUAGAAAAAGUGUCUAGUAUCCAUAAUAUUUCUAAUAUUGUCAAUAAGGAAAAUGGCACUUCUAAUUUUCUUUUAAAUCAUUUAAAUAUUGCAGGGGGACAAAAUAAUAAACCUAAAGAAAAUAUUGUUGUGAGUAAAAAACUGAGUAGAAAAAUUGAUUUCCAAACUCCUUCAAGUAAGAAAGUUAAAACAUCUUCAUUCUCAACCCCUCCCAAUGAUAUACACAGGCACAUUAAUACUCUGGAAGCAUUUUUUUCAUCUGAAAAUAAAUCAAAUGAUUUCAGUUCAGAUGGACAAAAUAGUGAAAUACCUAACAAAAAUGGAAUGAAUUCUGAAAAUUCCUGUUUUAGGAAUGAAAACAUCUUUUCUGAUCAAAACUCUAUGUCUGUUACUGUACAGAGAAAAACUGAUAAUGCCAAUGAUGAUGUAUUAGUUUUAGAUUCUUUAAAUGGAACACCAAAGAAAAAUAUGGCAGAAACAAUUGUGGAAAAUAGUAGUUUUUUCCAUAGAACUUCUGAAGUACUAAAUAAUGAUAAUAAAAUUAGCAAAGACUCUUGCUCAUUUAACAAUGUUACUUCUUGUGAUGAUCAAACUGAAAGUUUGAAAUUUAAUGGAACAAAUAAGGGUUCUUUUGUCUCUGCACUUUCUAUAAUUAAUAAAGAAAGAAAUCAAGAAUUGCAGUCAAUGGAUACCAAUAAAAACUUGGCCAGUUUUGAAGAAAGACCUCUGGAAGUACAGAAAAGUAAAUCAAAUUUAGAUUCAAAUGGAUCAGAUCCAUCAGCAGCUUCAAAUUGGUCCCGAGGGUUACAUCCUACUGAAAAUAUUCAGCCUGUUGCUGUACUGAAACCAAAAGUAGUUGGAAUUGAUGUGCCAAGUGAUGAAGCUAGAAAUAGCGUGGAGCAGAUUGAGAUACAAGAACCAUGUGUAGAAUCUGUAAUUCAAAGGAAAAUUACUCCAUUUGAUUUCUUUUGUCGGAAACAUAGGCUCGAAGUUGCAUCGCUGAAUCCUGAAUUGAAUAGCCAACAGAUUGCUCAAAUUCUUAGUGAAAAAUGGAAUUGCCUGUCAUCCGAAGAAAAGGCUGUUUAUAAAAAUAUGGUUUCUAAAGAUUAUCCUAAAAAUGUUAAAAACAAAGAAAAACUUGGAAAAAUUGUUGAAGAGAAUAUAAGUAAAAUAAAAAAUAAUUCAUUAAAUUCAAGGAAAAGUACACGAAAAAAGAGACGGAAAUGCAUUGAAAAGAAUAUUACUUUUGAUUUGCAGCUUCUUCAAGAAUGCAGUUUAAAUACCAGUUUAGAAAAGGAGCAUGAUGAAAACUUUAAAAUCAUUAACUGUUUGGCUCCUGGAAUUUGGAUUUGUUGCAAAAAGGAAAAGCUUUAUUUAUUAAAUAGUUAUCGCUUACAAGAAGCAAUAAUUUAUUUUCGGCUAUUAAAUACAUAUGAAUUUGAAGCAGAACAAAUAGAAUCCUCAUUCAUAUUAACAUCUAGUUCAUUAGGUGAUCAUUCUUUGGAUGUGUUAUUACAGAUGGAGGUUAUUAAUGAAUAUGGAAGUGAAUACAUUUCAGAUAAAAGAUUAACUGCUAAUGGUUUUAAAAUGAAGAUUCUGCGAGGUAAUAGUGAAAUUCAAGUAGAAUUGAUUGGUAUGACUAAUAGUAUGGCAUUUUAUGGAGUUUCUGAUUUAAAAGAAAUUUUGUACCUCAUUAAAGAAAAAGGUUUGAAUGCAAAACUAUCUGAGUGCAGACCAGGAAAAGUGGUUUUGUAUUUACAAGGUGAGGCAGUAAGAAUUGCUAGGCAAAGCCCUGCCUCAAAGAAGAUAGAAGAUAUUGAAGACCUUUUGAAGCAAAUCGAUUCACUUCCAUUUCAGACAUGUUUACAUUCCAAACCAUUUCUUCAUGAGCUUCACGAACUUAAUACUAUUUAGUGUCAGUAACAAUGGUUGAUUUGCAUCGUCUGUGUGCACAUGUUGUAAAUAAU